AUGCGGCUGGAGAAGUGUUGGUUCUGUUCGUCAACGAUUUACCCUGGUCACGGCAUAACUUUCGUGCGAAACGAUUGUCAGAUCGUACGAUUUUGCCGCUCCAAGUGUCGAAAGUCGUACAACAUGAAGAGGAACCCGCGCAAGAUGAGAUGGACUAAAGCAGCUCGACGGGUGAGGCAGAAGGAUUUGACGUCGGACCCUGUUUUGGAAUUCGAAAAACGGCGAAACGAGCCUCUUAAAUAUAGUAGACACUUCUGGACCAAUGCCACCGAACUCAUAAAAAAGAUCGACCAUGUCAAGCAGAAGCGCCAAAAUUUAUAUCUUGCGAAUAGGUAA